ACCAACAAAUACCCUGGGAGCAACGUCUCCACCAAGCUGGCCUACCAUUGAAAUGCUGAAAAACUAUGACUACUAGCAAUUCCAACGACAUAAGAGUAUCUGGAUACAAAAAUAAUAUGCCAAUGAUGGUCACGUCUCGCCAUUCUCUCUUUUGUUUUAUUUGUUUUGACAUUAAGUUCAACAGAUGGGAAACUGUGACGGAAAAAACUACACAGUCUAUCUUGAAUUUCUCACAGAUUUUAUGGUUCAUAUUUUCGUCGCUUUCUUAUGAAUCCUUGAACGAAUUCAAUAAGGACCUAAAAACUAAUUGAAAGAAGAGAAACUUUGGAAACUUGGAUAACAUCUAUGAAGAAAACACAAAGUGUCCCAUUUUCCAACGUACUUGAUAUGUGAAAUCUAGACAACAUGAAAUUAAAUAAACCUUUUAUUUUAAUCCCAUCAAAAUUGCCCGUAGAAAAAGAGGCAUGACAGUUAGGUAAAAAAGUUGCCUCUUUCACAACUUUCAGCGGGAAAAGAAAUAAUUAUAGCUUAACUACCAUAGGUUAGUGAGUCUUACUAUAGCCUAUAAAAAUCUUUUCCCAUAACCUUCUCAAGCUUCAAAAACAGUUGUUAGACAGGAAGACAUGAAAAAUGUUUCUUUUCUUGAAAUCCUUGUCAAGAUCAGUCCAUGAUGAAGAACAUCAAGAGCAGCCUGAGUCAUCCAAAACCCAAGGUGAUGAUCUGUGCACAUCACUAACAGUGUGGAGAAAAUCGCUUAUACUUAGUUGUAAUGGAUUCACUGUUAUUGAUUCUGAUGGAAAACUAGUUUAUCGAGUUGACAACUACAUUGGACGCCCCAAGGAACUCAUUCUUAUGGACGGCUCAGGAAAAUCGAUCCUGACAAUGCGACGUAGCAAGAACCUUAGACUAGUAGAUACCUGGCUUGUCUAUGGAGGUGAAGUGGGUGAAUUUUGUACACCAGCAAAAUCAUCAGAAAAGCCAAUUUUCUAUGUAAAGAAGAGCAUUAACAUUUUACAUGCCAACCCUAAUGUGCUAGCAUAUGUAUAUCGCCCGUCGUCCGACAAAAGGUAUGCUUAUAUGAUUGAAGGAUCAUAUUCGCAUAGAUCAUGUAAAGUACUAGAUGAAACAAAGAGGGUGGUGGCAGAGAUCAGGAGAAAAGAUGCAAUAAUGGAAGGCAUUUCUUUCGGCCUUGAUGUUUUUCUGUUGAUUGUACAGGCAGGAUUUGAUCCUGGAUUUGUUAUGGCUCUUGUUCUUCUGCUGGAUCAAAUGUUUUCUUAGAUUUUCUUCUCUUUUUUUGUUUUGGUUAGGUGUAUUCUUUUUAUGAGAACUAAUCAUUCCUGUUUUCAAGCCAAAGCUGCUGUUCUAAUGAUAAGCUGCUACAGCAUCAAAAACCAUGUAAAUAUAAAUAAAUAGGGACUUUACAGAAAGCACUGAAUUAAAAU